AUGGGGGAAAAAUUCAAACCACAUUACCGGAUGAGGUCUUACAUUACAUCUCUCUCUCUAAAAUUUGAUUCCUCCGGCAACCGCCAACAGAAUUUCGCCGUGCUGCUUGCCGCCGCCAGCUCUUGCGGCUCGGCUGAUGAGCCGAAAUCCUGGUCGCAACUGUUGAGGUAUGACUCGGCAAACCAGGCCCAACUCUCGAGAUUGGUUUGGGCCAACGAGCCCGUGGCGCAGUCGUUGAGUGGGCCGUACGUUCCCGAAUCACUGGGCCCAGUUUUAUUCUGGCCCGACAUAAGGUGUUGGGCCAUAUUUCGGACGUUUAAUGCGGCGUCUUUGGCCCGGCCGAUUACGAAUCGGGCCAUGCACCGCAAGUCAUCGGUGCAGUUUUGGGUGCUGGUGAGGGUUUGGGUGCAUAGGAUAGUGGAGAUUGAGGACGCGUGGCAAAUGAGUGAGCAUGAA